CGGUGUGAGCAGGUGUUAAAACACCUUUGGGCUGAAAAGCUUUGCUGGACCUGGCAACCCUGAUCACUGUAACUACAGUCAGCUGUCCAGGACCUGAUCUUCGUGAGAGUAACAAGCAACAUGGAUCGCUGGAAAGGCAGGGUUGCUCUUGUCACUGGAGCUUCAGUGGGAAUCGGAGCUGCAAUCGCAAAGUCUCUUGUCCAGCAUGGCAUGAAGGUGGUCGGCUGUGCCAGAAAUGUGGAGCAAAUAGAGAAACUGGCUGCUGAAUGUGUCCGUAGUGGAUUCAGCGGCACUCUGAUCCCAUAUAAAUGUGAUCUGUCUGUAGAGGACGACAUGUUAUCCAUGUUCUCCUGGAUCAAAGUUCAACAUCAGGGAGUUGACGUGUGCAUUAAUAAUGCAGGUUUGGCUCUCCCAGAGCCUCUAUUGAGCGGCAAAACCAGUGGCUGGAGGACUAUGAUGGAUGUGAAUGUCAUUGCCCUGUCAGUGUGCACCCGCGAGGCAUACCAGUCCAUGAAAGAACGAAAUAUUGAUGAUGGUCAUAUCAUUAAUAUUAACAGCAUGAGUGGACACCGGGUCGUCAACAAUGCCGAUAUACACUUCUACACCGCCAGCAAAUAUGCAGUGACGGCUCUCACAGAAGGUUUGAGGCAAGAGUUACGAGAGGCCAAAACCCACAUACGUGCCACAGUAAGCGCAGGAGGAUCAGGAUUUGCUUCUGCUGAACACUUGGAGACAGAAUUUGCCUACCGACUCUUAAGUAAAAACCAAGAAAAAGCUGCUGCUACUUAUAAAAGUAUAAAGUGCCUACAAGCAGCUGACAUUGCAAACGCAGUGGUGUAUGUCCUGAGUGCUCCUCCUCAUGUUCAAAUUGGUGACAUUCAGAUGAGGCCUGUGGAGCAGUUGACAUAAACUGAACAGAGAAACUGGAGGAAGCAUCUCUGACAUCCUUAUCUUAGCCCAUGAAUAGCAUAAAAUAUGAAAUGUAGAGCUGACAAAAGCCACAAGAAUGUCCCAUACAUUUUUUCUGCACUCCAAAUCUUUGAAAUGACUUGAUAAUAAUAAUAAAAUUUUUAUAAUAAUUGUUUUGUAUAUAUUAAAAAGACCAAAUUAAUAUUGGAGAAAUUAUUUAAGAAGUACAGAGAGCACUUUGCAUCAAGUACUGAUGCAGAAUCACUAUAACUUAUUUUGAUUGACAUCAUAAUAAUUGCCUUCUUGAAUGAACAUUUACAGAUGUGAUGAUGCUUUACAAAUUUCUGUUCAAUUCUGUGCCUGCAGUUCUGACCUUUAAUAUUUUUAAGUGAGAUGUUAACGAAUUAAAAAAGGUGUUUCUA